AUGGUUUUAGAUAUUAUUGGAGUGGUGGACAAUGUGAGCUCUGCUGUGAUUGGGUGUACCUUGUGGGAUUCCUAUUACUUGAAAUUUAUGAGCAAUUGGAGGGGUGACCCGGAUUCAUCUAUUGUUGUUGUUAUGUUGACUCAGGCUAAGAUCAAACCGUGUUCGGGACGGGGGCCAAUGUCAAUUUCAAACUCUUGGAAUGGUUCAAAGUUGUUAAUGGGUGAUGAAUGUGCUGAAUUGGUACAAUUCAAGGAGCAAUGGAUAGAACGGUUUGGAAAUGUGGUUAGUCCGAGCCAAGAAUGCAGCCAACUGAGUUCACCUUCCCAGUACAGUGAACAUGAAAAAUUUAUGUAUAAAGUUGUUGUGAGUACGAUAUCUGAAAUCACAACUAUGAAAGAGAUUGUGCAUUGUUUAUGCAAUAGUUGCAGGAAGAAGACUGAUGAAGUAGGUGCUUUUAAGUGUGUUCUCUGUGGCUUUGAUAAUGAAAAACAUGGAAUUAGAUAUAAGUUGGAAUUACAGGUGACUGAUGGGUACAGUUAUACCAAUUUUGUUUUAUGGGAUCAAGACUGCAAUAACUUGAUUGGUGUAUCGACUGUUGAGUUAAUGAAUAAAAUGAUCGAGGAUAGGGAGGACGAUCCCAAAUGUUUUCCGGAGGAUCUAGAUGUUUUGCUAGGCUGUACACUUGCUUUCAAGGUUAGAGUUCAACCAAAUAACAGAUCCUCAUCAGUGAUGAAAGCUUUCAGCAACCUUGAAACUAUUGCUUGUGUUAGAAGCAAACUUGAGGCAAAGAAGAUUAAAGAGUCCAGUGGUGAAGGUACAUGUGAUUCCAGUUCUGAAGCAAACUCUAAGGUGGGAUUGCAAACAGAAAACGUUGAGCAUUUGAUAUUUCAAUAA